UUUUUUUUCCCCUCUCUAUUGGAAAGCCUCUCCACUCGCAAAUGAGGUUGUGAUAGCGAAGUGUACGGACAGACCGGACGGUCUUCGAGUUCGGCUCUUCCGUUUCUUUCUUUUCCUUUAAUUUCAAAACAUUUUUAUUUCGACUGUGCUGACUUGCCACUCGAAAACCGAUGGCCAUGGCGUGCAACCUGUUACCCCCCGUCAAAACUGAGAAACAGAUCCUCGAAAACUCAAUGCCCGAAGACGACCCGAACAGCAACUCGGACACAUAUCAACCGAGCAACGCAGUCGACGGCCAGCUGAAGCCAAGGUGGGGCCCACACCAUGCUGGCGCUCGAGAGCUGGCGGGCCUCUACACCCGAGGGAAGCGCACCCAGGAGACGGUGUGCAUCGCCGUGUGCCUUACACUGAUGGGCUACAACCUGUCCCAGCUGCUGCUGUACUUUCAGGCGUCCCGCUGGAGCACCAUCAUCGCCGCCGCACUGUGUGGAGUAGUGACAGCGGAUUUUCUAAGUGGCCUUGUCCACUGGGCGGCCGACACCUGGGGAAGUGUGGAGUUGCCUGUCAUUGGGAAGGCAUUUAUACGUCCUUUCCGGGAGCAUCACAUCGAUCCAACAUCAAUCACGCGCCACGACUUCAUUGAGACCAAUGGGGACAACUUCAUGGUGCCCAUUCCAGUGUUGGCUAGCAUGGCCUGGGGCUUUGCCUCCAAGCCUCCACAGGCCAUCCUGGCCACAUACCACUGGAACUGUUUCCUUUUCCUUCUGGCCCUUUUUGUGGCGUUCACCAAUCAGAUCCACAAGUGGUCACACACAUACUUUGGACUGCCACGGUGGGUGACUCUUCUUCAGGAGUGGCAUGUGGUGCUGCCCCGACAACAUCACCGAAUCCACCAUGUGGCACCCCAUGAGACUUACUUUUGCAUCACUACUGGUUGGCUCAAUUAUCCAUUGGAGAAACUCCACUUUUGGCCAGCGCUGGAAGCAGUCAUCUCUGCCCUUACAGGCUGUCGGCCACGCUCGGAUGACCUCCAGUGGGCGCUCAAAAAGUGACCAUCCACAUUUCUGCUACUGACCUCUUCCAGGAUAGUGGCCAUCAGUGUUCAUUGCCCUCAGCAUUACACCUGCUGCUUGCUUGACUCGGGACUCAAAGAAGCAUGUAAAAGGUCCCCUGGCCCCUGGGUGACUUCUGGACAUUUGUUUAUAGUGCAAAGCCUAGUCGGUGCUUGGGGGUGUCUGUUGACAAUGUUUUCAGCAGCUGCUAUGUGCAAAACACCUUAUCCAAGUCAAAAAGCAUAGGCAUAGGAGAACUUGUGGUAAAUGCAGGAUGCAACGGUCACACUGGCAGCCACUGCCGUUUUUGCCAAUUCUUAUAUGCCGUGCACAAUGCUGGCCUUUAUCAUGCAACAUGUUGGCUUGAGGUUGCCCUACAACUUGCCAUAGGCAUUUCUUCUGUCACCGUGAGGGACCUCUGUGAGGCUUUAUAAUGGACUAAACUGAUGCUGGUCCUUGAUGGACAUAGGACCAAAUAGAAGUGGCACUUUGUAAAAAUAUAUAAGAAAAGUGUAAAAUGGAAAGCAAAUGUUAUUUUUCCAAGCAACAUUGCAUUUUGGGGAUUAAUGCAGUUAUGUGGGCUAAACCACAACAAAAGCAAAGUAAUUUCUAUCUGAAUUUUUUAUACCUGUUGAGGUUUUUGCUAGGGAAGUUCAGUUUACACUGCUGCUGUUAUUUUGUUUUCUGUCUCCAUUAGAAGUAGCGCUUUAUUUUUUUGUCUAUUCAUAGGUGCUAUUGUACUUGAAUAUACAUAGAUCUCAUUAAUUGAAACAUGGUCUUUGGCGACUGAUCUCUAUAUAAUUGCUCUUAUGCCCAUGUUACUGCAGGAUAACAAAUACUUUACCCUGUAAUUGAAUUAUUAGUGCAACUUCUGGCUGCCUGUAUAGCACACUCAACUUAUUUCUCUGUUUCUGACCUUGCCAUUUUGUGCAUGUUUACAUGUCAGCAGCUACAGCGUAUAAUGUAUAAUGUAAAAGUAUAAUGCGUAAAUCACUUAUCAGCAGUUGUUCUUGAAUGAGGUCUUCACACUUGAAUUGAGCGUUAAUCAGCUUUAAUAGUAUUGUUUACAUGCUGCAGAUAUAUUUAGUGAUCCAUUGACUACAGUCCUUCACUUUGACUGAACCCCACUUCAGCAUAUUUGCUCUCAGUGGGCUUGAGCAAGUUGGAGCUUAAAGUUACCUUAAGCUGCUCGUUGCAUGUAGAGACCUAUUAACAUCAGUGUACACUGCAUACUGUAAGCCUUUCCAGAACUUGAGGUCCCAGCUAUCACUGUGAAAAGAUGCAGAUAGAAAAAUGCUACUGCUUGACUUUGAUGCAUAGUCGUAUACGGCAGUUUAUAGACUUUUCAGAAGGAAGUCAAGGCACAAAUGAAUGGCUGAAGUGGUCCAAGGUGCAUUAAAGAAGCCGUCCACAGCUUCUCAAGCUGUUAUCACUGUCACAAAUAAUAGCUAAUGACCAGGCUCAAGCAGGAGCUUGUCUCGAUCUCUACAUUUAGGUACAGCCUCAUCAGAACAUUUCAGCACUGAUGGUUCCCACGUGUAGGAUAAUUUUUCACUGCAAAAGAAAAAUUUAUCUUUGUUAGCAGCAUUAUGCACUACUCAUUUCUGCCCAUUGUAGAAGUGAAGUUGUUGCCAUCAUUUUCUUUUAAGUGGCUACAAAUAAGGAAAGCGUUUUCGUCAAUUUUUUUACAUGGUGUUACUCGAAGCCAGAAUGGCUAUUUUUACAUCAUUAAAUAGCUGCAAAAAAUUAAAACAUUUCCGACAAAUUUUUUUUCAUGGCAAUGCUCAGAGUCACAAUGGCUAUUUCACGUCACUAGGUAACCACAUUUUUUUGGCUGGAAUACAUUCACUGAAAUGGACAUUUCAGUACGUGACAGAAUAGGACACAUUUCAGCUGGCAUUACAUCAAUCACGCAGCAUAAAACGGACGCUGUGACAAUAGGUGAUGUCAUGCCAGAAAUAUGUAUGAGGUGCGUUUCUUGUAGCUACCACAUUCUUUUUGUGGAAAUGUGACAAGGCAGAAUAUUUUAGCACUCAUUUAGCAAGUGCAACAGGUAUCUUGACCAAGAUUACUCGUCAGAUCAGAGUGCCAUAUCAACAUAAAUGUUUAUUUCUUGUAUCUGUGUCUCGCUGCACUUGAUUAUCACAUCUUGUGUUCAAGGACAAACACAGGCAUAAUGGAAGGUGACUGUGUAGAAUGAAUUAUGAGUGAGAGCAGCCUUGCUUUUCCAGCCACACCAUACCUUGUGUGACUUUGACUACAUUCGGCAGUUGUGCAAGAGUACAUGGCACAAGAAGAAAGUAUGCAUAUAACAGCACUGCAAUCUCAACUUUAGUUUACAGAGAGGGGAGUGUGUUUUUUCAGUGAACGUUGAUUUCUGAGUACAUAUAGCACUUUUGCUUGUUUACCUGCUUUCCUCUUUUGCAUUGCGUCUUCGUGUGCCAUAGAUCAGUAUGAUUUCCUUUAACAAUUUGCCCAAUUUCCUGCUCUGCACCUAGUAGUUAGCCACACUGCUCAAGGAGAAAGGUGAACAAUAGUAAUACCACAGCAGAUCUUUUAAUUUGCAGCUGCACAUAGCCUUUCAAUUCAAAAACAUUAUGGGAUCCUCAGGGUCCCUUUUGUUUUUGCAAGUUUUGCUGCCACAGGGCUUACCAAGGAAAAACUACUGGACAAACUGCACCAUACAACUGCUGUAUUGCACUUCUAGGUAUUUGGUCGGUCUUCAAAAAUGAAAAAUUUUUUCCAAUUCCUGUUACAUCUGGCAGAUGAUUGACCACAGCGAAAAAAAAAAAAAAAAAAAAAGUAGGAAGUGGAGUAGAAAACAUUACUGCAAAUCAGUCAUUACCAUUUACCCUUUCUCUGAUGUGAAAGUCAGGCAAGUGUGCUUAUGGUAGACAAAUGUCACCUGUGUGUUUGGUUUCCACUGUGGCUUUUCGAGAAACUCUUUGCUGCUGCAGCACCCAACAAGAAAUUGUAAAAUAUUUUACAAAUGUUUCACUAGCUCACACAUAUUCUGUGUAAGCCUUCCGUACUCUAUCCCAGGUUAUGGUAGUCUCUAGUGCAUGUGGGCCUGUGCAUCUCACCAUCUGCCAGUGCAUUUACUACAUGCACUCAGUCAUCUAAAACAGUGCAGAAUAUUGAGAUGCACUCUAAACUUGCCUGCAGUACGAGAGAGCCUAGAAUGAAUCUGAUACAUGUUGCUGCAUUUUAUGUUGCAUGUUGCUGGCUAAGGCUUUACUCAUGUAACCAUGAGGUGUGUAAAUGGAAGGAGGAAACAGAAACUGGCUGACAGUGUUCACCAUCAUACAUAUUGCGUGUAAUGAGCAUUAUUUGUGGCCAUUUAUUGCAUGUGAGUUGAACAGGCAAAAGUGGUUUGCUUUAUGGAAAAUCAACAUUGGAAAACUAAAAGCAUAAAUAAUGUUCAAAUAUACCAUUAAUGUUCUGAUUCAUUAUGAGGAAAAAAAACAGGCACUAUUUGGUUAUUGAGUUAGGUGAUAUUUGUAUAGAUAAAACCUGCUGCAAAAACAGCAGUAUAACUAGAUGCAUCUUUACAAUGGAACCCCGAUUAUAUAAGAGUUUCAGGCCACAAUAUGACAGCAUUGUGUACUUGUGAGUCACGCAAUACUAAGGACAGUAACUGUGGUUGUUAGCUUCACUUUUAUAUGACAAAGGUAUGUAGAACCUCUAAAGAGCUUCUGAGUUCGUUUUAAUUCCUUGGAAUUGCCUAUGCUCCGAGUCCUUAAACAGGCAAAAGUACAUCAAGGGGCUGCAAGUAACAAGGCGUUUUGAAACCUUUGUCACCUUGAAACUUGUUCAUUUCUACUUGACUCAAGUUUUUCUAGCCAUGCAACACUACUCGAGGGCUAAAUAAGGGCGGCAGCAUCUAAACCUGCAGAUGCUAUAAAAGUAUUGUGUGACAGCAUGUGCAUCUCAGAGCUUGUUAGCGUUCAAUGACGAACAUGCCCCGCAGCUAGGCUGGACAAGAGCAAGUGCCCUUAACAGAGAAGUCCAAGUAUUAAACCAGGCAAAAGACCCAAAGAAAAGUAUUUGCUUUAAGACGUGAGAAAGAGAAAAAAAAAAUCAUUUCAGUUUAUUGAAUAAUGAGGCACUUAACAGCAUGUAUUUAUUGCAGUGAGGAUAUUUAGGUAAUGUUUGUUGUUUCAUAGUGUAAUUCUGUAGAGAACAGAGCUGGUGACUGCAGCAUCUGUAGCAGUAGCACAGAUGGCUAUAUCUACAUGCCGACUUGUUAUAUGUCGACUUGUUAUGGUGAGUGCUGUCCUGUGUUGAGCUAUGCUGGGUGAAGACGUAGUUUCCGUGAAAUGGUAGUCUGCUGGAGACUUUGAGCAAAACCACUCCUACAAUAAUGAUGAAGCAGAGAUUGAAAGGCAGGAAGGAGAAAAAGAAGAGAUUAGACAGAAUGGCAAAAAAAAAAAAAGCAAAGGGGGUGUUGCAUGCUACUACUGGCAAAAAAAAGUGACUUGUCACUUCCUUAUGGACAUGGCCCCUGGUGUUCAUUAAGCCAGCUAUGGCCUUCCAUGUAUGUCUUCACUCUCUGUGGUUUGCCACAGUUUUGUGUCAUUUCUAUGGAGCAGAUUGUUUGUUGUACAAGCUAAAUUCUUAAUGAAUUGCUUUUUGAGGACAGUGACAGGCUUUGGCUGAUCCAUUGUAAAAUGCAGGACAUUGUGUAAAGCUAGGAGGCAUAAUCAAGGUUCCAAUGUAACAUCUAUUCAGAAGGGCAGCUUGACGGCAUACCUUGCCACUGCCAAGUGUGGCUUUCAGAAAAAUGGGUACUGCUAGUGAGAGGCAAAUGUUUAACUAUACUUUGAAAUAUUGCAUUAUAUUCUGCACAUUGCAAGCCUUUGCACAAAUGUAUGCACUAUUGAAAGAGUAAAGCUGGAUAACUUAAAUGUGGUAGUACAUCAAGACUAAAAUUUUAUUUUAUUUUUUCUUAUUUUUUAUUGUUUUACUUAUUUUAUUUUUUGGAACUCGGUACGGUGUGAAAAAAUUCACCGACGAUUACGAUGCUCCCUAAUGCAAAUUUUGAGCACAGCCGUUUAGGUGUUUUGAAUGGGCGAUAUAUUGUGGCAAAGAAUUUGAUUCUGAAAGACAGGUUCCUCUCAGCGGUGGCACUGAGCCUCUGCUCGGGCAGCUCGUUUAGCAGCAGCGGCAGACGAAGCAUUUCCACCGGUUGCGUGGCUCAUUGUUCAGAAAGAAAGCGUGAACACGGGAACGCCUGGCUCGGGCGAAGCGCAUUCUCUAGCGGCGGCGGCACAGGUGAAGUAGUGCCUGUGCCACCUGUAAAAUAUAUUUCGUACUCUCUGCUGAUCCCAGCAUAGUGCAGGAUGUAGAAGUGUUAGGUAGGGUAAAGUGCAGUGAUCAUAGGUUAGUGAGGUCUAGGAUUUCUCUCAAUUUGAAGAGAGAAAGAGUAAAAUUAGUCAAGAAGAAACAGGCCAACCUAGAUGCUGUAAGGGUAAAAGCAGACCAAUUGAGGCUAGUGCUCACAAAUAUGCAUUUUUAGAACAGAAAGAUGAAGAUAAUGUAGAGGUAAUGACUGAAACCGUAACUAGGCUGAUCUCAGGAGCAACAAUUGAAGUGGGAGGUAAGGCACCAAGGCAACCAGUAGGUAAGCUCUCCUAAGUAACAAAGGACCUAAUAAAGAAACGACAAAGCAUGAAAGUGUCAAACUCAAGAGAUCAGAUCAAAUUUGCUGAACUGUCAAAACUGAUCAACAAGGAGGAAGUAAGGGAUAUGCAAAAUUAUAACAUGGGAAAGAGUGAGGAAGCCAUAAAUAUGGACGUUAGCAUGAAAUCAGUGAGAAGAAAACUUGGCAUAGGACAAGGCAAGAUGUCUGCAUUGAAAGAUAAGCAGGGUAAUAUCAGCAAUUUCGACGACGUAGUAAAAGCAGCGGAAGAAUUCUAUAUUGACCUGUACAGUGCCCAGAGCAGCCAAGCUACUUUCAUUCGAAAUAGUGGUGAACAGGAUACAGAGGCUCCUUCUGUAACUAGUGAUGAAGUUAGAAGGGCCUUGCAAGACAUGACCCGGGGAAAAGCUUCUGGAGAAGAUGGAAUAACAGUCGAUAGAAUGAAAGAUGGCGGAGAUAUCAUACUUGAAAAGCUUGCGGCCCUUUAUACGCAAUGCCUCGCGACUGCAAGUGUACCAGAGAACUGGAAGCCAACAUUAUACUGCCAACAGUAUGCCAACAUUAUACUAAUCCAUAAGAAGGGAUACAUUAAAGCCUUGAAGAAUUAUAGACCCAUUAGCUUGCUUUCAGUAUUCUAUAAAAUAUUCACCAAGAUAAUUUCCAAUAGAAUCAGGGCAACACCUGACUUCAGUCAACCAAGAGAACAGACUGGCUUCAGGAAGGGAUAUUCUACAAUGGAUCAUAUCCAUGUCAUCAAUCAGGUAAUCGAGAAAUCUGCAGAGUACAAUCAACCUCUCCAUAUGGCUUUUAUACAUUAUGAAAAAGCAUUUGAUUCAGUAGAGAUACCAGCAGUCAUAGAGGGAUUGUGUAAUCUGAGUACGGGAGGCAUACGUGAAUAUCUUGGCAAAUAUCUACAAAGAUUCCACAGCUACCUUGGUUCUCCACAAGAAAAGUAGAAAGUUACCUAUCAAGAAAGAGGUCAGGCAAGGAGAGACAAUCUCUCCAAUGCUAUUCACUGCAUGCUUAGAAGUAUUCAAGCUCUUAGACUUGGAAGGCUUAGGAGUGAGGAUCAGCGGCGAAUAUCUCAGAAACCUUUGGUUUGCAGAUGAUAUUGUUCUAUUCAGUAACAAUGGGGACGAAUUACAAAUGAUUGAGGACCUCAACCGAGGAAGUGUAAGAGGGGGUUGAAGAUUAAUAUGCAGAAGACAAAGAUAAUGUUCAAUAGCCUGGCAAGGGAACAAGAAUGCAGGAUUGCCAGUGAGCCUCUAGAGUCUGUAAAGGAGUAUGUUUAUCUAGGUCAAUUACUCACAGGGGACCCUGAUCAUGAGAAGGAAAUUUACAGAAGAAUAAAAUUGGGAUGGAGUGCAUACGGCAGGCAUUGCCAAAUCCUCACUGGGAGCUUACCACUGUCGUUGAAAAGAAAAGUGUACAAUCACUGCAUUCUACUGGUGCUAACAUAGGAGCAGAAACUUGGAAGUUAACAAAGAAGCUCGAGAACAAAUUAAGGACCGCAGAAAGAGCGAUGGAACGAAAAAUGUUAGGCCUAACAUUAAGAGACAGGAAAAGAGGGGUGUGAAUCGGAGAGCAAACAGGGAUAGCUGAUAUUCUAAUUGUCAUUCAAAGAAAAAAUGGAGCUGGGCAGGCCAUGUAAUGCGUAGGAUGAAUAACUGGUGAAAUUGCCAUUGUGAGGUUAAUGCCCAAAUGUUUGCAUCUGUUUUUAUGUACAUUCACUUAUCAUUGUCACUAUAUAUUUCAACCUUAGUGCUUUCUUUUCUUUUCUUCUUUUUUUAAAAAUUUUUGCAAGCAACUGUGAAAGAGAAAAAUAUGUCACAUGUGAAAACCAGGUGGAGUAAAGUAGCCAUGGUAGCUUUAUACAACUGUGCAUUGACAAAGUUUCAUUAGUGGUGGCCUCUUCCUAACUGGCAAUGUACUAGCUUUUAUACCCUUUUUACCUUUGAGCAGUGCUGUGUGUUUUGUAUACAUAGUAUUGUUAGCUAAGAAAAAUCAUGCAAAAGUAUGAAAUUUACAUUGAUUGGGCCAUGCAACUUUUGACUGCAUGUUCAACCUCGGUAGUGCUUUGCUCAUUCUAGCAGUGCUGUUGUAGAUAUUGUGUUAAUAAUGCUACUAUGAUGUGCCACUUUUAGUGCUAGUGUGCUUAAGACAGGGGGAAAAAAAGCUAUCUUUGGAGUGAAUGCAUGGUAGUUGAAAGAAAUUGGUGCAGAAUGCACUGAUGUGGAAUGUGGCUAUUGUGUAUAGUGUAACGUUCAGUUCACAUGAGUGUGCCUGCACAAGAUGGAAGUGCGUGCAUGUGCGUAUGAAUCUGUGUGGAAAUGUGCAAGUGUGGAACUGGCUUAGGAACAAAAGAUUAUUAGCCUUAUUUUUAUAUUGUGAAAAAUGGAAACUGUUUAUGAACAAGAUAGACAGCACAAAGCAUAGAAAUGCCACGGGUAAGAAAUAUUUCCUCAUAUAUGAGUGCGUUUCUUUAAUAAUUCCAGGAAGGGAUUGCAUUAGGCGAGCCUUGCAACCUAUGUUCCUUUUUUUUUCUUCUCGCUCUUUCUCAGGUAUAGCACCACAAGACAAAAUAUAUUUAAAUACAAAUGAUUUUGCUUGUGUAGUAGAUUGCCUCUGUUAGUGGAAAUGGCUUCUCAUAUUCCAUUUAUCAUUUCACUGCACUGUGUUUUAGUCAUGACCUAAGACUGAGAAAAAAAAUUGCACAUCGCAUAAUUGCAAUAGAGAAACAGCUUUGGGCUUGAAUUUUCCACUGGUAACUCCACUGGGCGAAGCCAAGCUAGGCUGUGGUACUGUUGCUCUUAAUUGUUAUAACACAUUAAAGUGUACUUGUGGAAAGCGUAAAAUAUAAGUGCUUCAUGCCUGCUUUUUUUUUUUUUUUAUCUACUGAUUUAACUGCACAAGUGGAUGGUGUCCUUCUCCAUUUUAUGAGCCACUUUUGCAAGGCACACUGAAAUUGUGAUUUCACUGCUUAACAGCUGUGUAUUUAUCGUAUGACGUUUUUGUAGUUUCAUUACAUUUAAACCUUAUUUGUAUGAACAUAUGAAACUUCAUAAUAUGUUGCGAAUUCGCUUAGAUAUGAACUUUGAAUUCUUCCGUCAUUCCAUGGUAGGAAUGCUGAUUAAACGCACAUUCAUUAAUUUCCAGUUGAGUGAGCUUUACUGAAAUAGCAUUUAUUUUAUUCAGUAGUUAGAGUUGGCUGUCUUGAAAGUUUACUGUGCACUUACAUGUAACAUGGUUCCAAAUGUACUUGUCAAUAGACCCAGGCUAGUCCCAUUUUGUGGUGGUAGCUGGUACAGGAGCUGUAAGGACCACCGUAUUGUCAACCUUUCAGUGUCUGGUUAGCUUUCAUGGCACUUCACAGGCUGGAAGUACAGCAAUUGUUGCUUCAGCAUGCAAGAUGUUCUUAUUUUUCCCCACUUUUAUUCAUUAACUGAGGUCUGCCAAGCUGUUGCUUUAGGUAAAAUGUUCUUUGACAAGGUUUGCUCAAGGAAAACACUGCAAAUUUUGCACAGAAGGUGUUGGCAUUCUUGCAUUUAUGUUCCCAUUGGCUUUAGUAAAAAAAAAAAAAAAGAAAAAAAAAAAGAAAAAAACGUUUCUGCUGGCAAAUAUAAUCUGUUCUUAAAAAACAACUUGUUCACCAGAGUACCUUGUUAAUGUGCCAUAUUUCAUUGGCAUAUCACUGUGGUGUUCUAAUUAAAAAAAAUGGCAGCAUUUUGAAACAUAUUAUUAAAGAUAGCACAGAUUUUUUUAAUCCAGUGUGUGUACUGGUGUAUGCCAUAAUCAAAGAUGCUCUAUAUGUGUACUUGUGCAGUUUUUAACCAUAUGCCUUGGGCACCCAUACUUGCCUUUGUUUUGUACUGAAAGUUUGAGUUGCAGUUUAGGGUUUUCAUGUGCUUUCAGCUUUGUUUCAAUUCCCAAAGUGCCGUCACUGACCCCAGCUUGUCAAUUCUCUUCCACUUAAAUAUGCCUUGGACAAGCUGGGCUCGUCCAUGGGUACCUAAUCUUGCUGUCUGUGUGCUCCGCUCAUCGGACUUGUAUAAUAUCCUGAAUGUUGGCAGUACCAUGCGUUUUUGCCUGCUUCUCAUCAAAGAUGUUUGUAGAAAAAAUGGACUAUGUGCGCUGCCAGUUAGCAUUUAAUAAGCAUCACCCAUGUAUAAAGUGCACCCAUCUUUACUGUAAAAAAAGUCUUAUGGAAAGCUCAGCUGUUAUUAAGUAUGUUAAUCAGUGUUCUUAAUGGUAAAAAUUGCCACUUAAAAAAUUAAGUACGCUUAGUGAAAAUUAUUAUGUAUAGGGUAGUUACAAAUGUCAUGGUUAGUCCCUUUUGUUAUGUUGUAAAUGCUGGUGUGCCAUGUAUGUCAUACAUUUUUUGUUUGUUUUGCUAGAAUGACAGGAACGUGAGCAAGUUAGUAAGUAUGCGUGGUUUGAAAAGGCAGGCAUAGAAAACACAAAGCAGGAACAAAACGAGAACGAUUGUAGCGCAGGUACACGGGGAAGAAUAAUAAGAAACAACAUUAUUCUUCCCCGUGUAACUGCAUUACAAUCAUCCAUUUAGAAAUAGUGUAUUAAUAAGCCCAAAUGGUCACAACUAGAAACAAAAAUGACUACGCAAACACUGACCAUCAACUGAAAGAUUGCACAAAAGCAGAAAAGAAGGAAGACACAGAAACUAUCUGCGCAUGCUCUAUGGAAGGCAUUGUUCACCCGUCAAACAUGGACACACAUGCAUUCUCAACGAAUCAAGGUUCAGGAAUGACAAUUCUUGAUCAUGAAGGAUAAUUCCUCUUCAUUCCUCUUUUGCCUAUGUUUUCUGUUUGGCUUUUCAAACCAUGAGUUUUUUUGCUAGUGCCACUGAGUUCUAAUCAGAUGAAGCUGUGCAGAGAUAUCAUUGUCCAAUCAAUUUGUUUAAUAGUGUCGCCUAAUACUAUAGUGUGCACCUAUCCAUGCAACAUUUUGGAACACGGAACUUGUGAAAGAGCUGAACUGCCUCGUGGCCUACACACAACCUGCAGAUGAGGGAGGCAUUGAAGAGGUGUUACACAGACCUGCACAGUGCAUGCCUUAAUUUAUGGCUGCAUAAGUAGGCAGCAAGGGAACUUGGCUUUAUCAUGGUGACCCUCUUACCAAAAGCUUCUGUGUGUUCACAACUUAAAUUGGCAUGUGCUUGUGAAAGAUAAGUCUCGGUUUUUUAUACACCCUGUUUACACCAUGCCACAGAAAACACGAAUGAUGCAGUUGACCGAGAAGCUUGUCUUUUUUGUGCAUGUGUGGGUUUUGAAACAAAAUUUGGCUUCAGGUGAUGUGUUGUGCCUGGGAGUUGGUAGCUGAAUUUAGCAGGAGUGAGUAUUUUGUGUCCAUAGACGCAUUACACAAGCUGGUCUUCAGGCUCUCUAGGGUGGGUUUGAGGCGGCAAAUGGUGCAAAUGCCUGCAUAUGAGCGACUUUUGUGAUCUCCUCUUUUUAUAAUGUCCAUCAGUGUGCUGAGGUUGCAAAAACAGUGAUCAUGAUGUGCACUAUUUUUCUACAGGCGCAUUGGCACGCUUUCAUGCAGAGGCGUGCUUCAUUCAAUCAUAGUGUCAUAGUGUCUUCAAGCAUGUGUUUUCUGUACAUGAUGAAAUGUGCUGCUGUGUGACAGUGGCCACCUCCACUCUGCUACGCAGCUUCUGUUACUAGACUCAUGUUGGGGGUCAUUAGAUAAGCUCUUGGAGUAUAUUUAUUGCUUACAGAGCCUUUUUGAAUAUCGGGCUACAUAAAUAACUAAGGUUUCAGCA